UUAGUCAAUAUAUUUUUCAUCAAAAAUUUGACUAGGUAAAUUUUGUUUAUUUGCUAAAAUUUCGAUUUGUAUGUAUUUUUGGCCCCCCUCAUAAUCGAGUGCUAGCUUCGUCUCUAACCAUAUAAUAUGGCGAUCUUCAGUAUGGUAUUUCACUGCGUAAAUGUUUACAUCAUAAUAAAUCGACUCGUGUAAUGUGUGCGAUAUGAUGUAUCAAUGUGGUGAUUCAGUACAUAGAUCCGACCUUUACUUUGACAAUGUCGAUCACUUAAUGAAAUUUAUCCUUCGCAUAAUUUUGUGUGGAUCUUGUAUACUCGCAUGUUAAAGGACUUCUCUCUGUUGCUUGUUUACUAAAUGAUUUUGCUGAUGUUCAGUGGUCCAGUUUAUGUUAUGGUUCUGGAAAAGCCUGACGCCGUCUCGCGAUGGCGCGCUUUGAUUGGACCAACUGAUGCCAGAAAGGCUAAAGUUUCUCAUCCUAGCAGCAUUAGAGCCAUGUGCGGGUCGGACUUGGAAAGGAAUUGCGUCCAUGGUUCUGAUUCGCCUCAAUCGGCUGCAAGGGAAAUCUCAUUUUUCUUCGGAGACAUCUCUCCAGCUGUUACAAAGCAUGACGAACUUUAGAAGGUUACCGGGAGGCACAAAUUCAUCUAAAAAGACAAAUCGAAGCAAGCGGCUCGGCUAUUUCUCAGGUAGUGCGAACGACCGGUCCAUGGAAUUCUAGUUACAAGUCAUUUAUCCGGUGCCCAUGGUUUCCUCCACGCAGGCGCUUGUCGUCGAUGGAACUUUAUGCGACUUUUAGUUUUUUAUUGCCUCGAUCGUGUAAGAAAACUCAAUAUCAUCAAAUGUUAUCGGCCAAAUUGGGAAUUUGAAUGCCCUGUAAGUGUACAUUUCCUAAAUUUAAGGCUGCUUACUAUAAAAUGUUUCCAGUGUACUUUGAGGGACUCUUUUUAAGUUUGUUUCCAGUGUAUUUUGAAGUACAGUGUUUCAGAACAAUGAAUCUUAAUCAUUUCCUGCUGCAA